AUGGCAUCCAUCGUGCGCCCGACUCUGCGCGCCUGCCAGGCCGCGCCCGCCGCGCGCCUGCUCACCACCCGGGCCCCCGCCGCUUCGGCCUUCCGCCUCAACUCCCCGCUCGCCCGCUUGCCGGUGAAGCCCUCCUUCGUCCGCGAUGCUCUGCCCGCCGCCAGGAUUGCGCCCUUCCACGCCUCCGCUGCCAGCAGGGCCAUUCUCCCCCCGCCGCCGCAGCGCAUCCAGGGCACUGCCAACGACCCCACCCCGGUCCCGCCCGUCUCGGCCACUCAUGGCAGCUACCACUGGUCCUUCGAGAGGGUCAUCGCCAUUGCUCUUGUUCCCCUCACCGUUGCUCCCUUCGCCGCCGGCACCCUGAACCCGGUCACUGACGCCGUGCUCGGCGCCCUUCUCGUCCUUCACUCGCACAUCGGUUUCCAGUCCUGCAUCAUUGACUACUUCCCCAAGUACAGAGUGCCCGGUGUGUUCAGGCUCCUCAUGUGGGUUUUGAACGGCGCCACCCUGCUUGUUGCAUACGGCGUGUACGAGUUCGAGACAAACGAUGUUGGCAUCACCGAGGCUGUUAAGAGGGUCUGGACCGCGAAGCAGUAA